UUAAAGAAAUUAAAUGAGGUCGUUUUAUUUCUCAGCAACCCAAUUAGAUCAGCUGUUGUUCUGAAUGUUUUUCAAUGGAUCGGGAGCGUAACGUCUCCACGUGGGGAGCAGCGCGGAUAUGAUUUUGUAAUGUAGCUAGCAGAAGAGGCAGCAUGAAAGUCAUACUGACAUUUGCACAGCGCAGGGCCACGGAGAAAAUCGAGUGAGCUUCGAAAGAUCCGGCACAAUAGAAGCAUUAACUUCCCUCUGCGGAUACACACAUCAGGAAUGUGCCCUCAGCAACUGUGUCCUCUCAGCUUUUGAAGCCGGCUGGAGAAGCUGGAGUGUGUCUUCUCUCUUUGAAAUGCGGACUUGCACACACACCCUCCCGACUCACACGUGAGGUCAGUAAGGCCACCUCCCCAUGGCUUUGUUCCGGCUGCGGGCUCUGAGGCUCUGGCCCCGGCUAUGCAGGCACCUCCACGGACGCCCGGCGACGCAGGACCAGGUCAUGGAGCAGCUCAGCGCCUGUGUCAGCGAGGACCAGCUGUUCGACGUGGUGGGCAAGAACAAGGCCAAGCUGUCGGUGGGCCACGUGGACCGGGCCGUGAGCAUGCUGUGGCAGCUGCAGAAGGAGAGGCCGCAGAUGCUGCGGACGGUGGAGCAGGUCAGGGCCCACCCGCAGUUCCUCACCCUCCGCGUGCUGGCCGAGAACAAGAUCGCCCUCAUGGACGACGCCACCGUGGUCGACAUGCUGUACAACGUCCUCAGGCUCAGUGUGGAACACCACGACUCUCUUGUACAGCAGCUGGUUACAGAAGCCUGGAAUCGGUUAGACAGUCUUCAGAUGCCAUUGCUGUCCAAGUUUUCUGUGUGCUUGAGUGAUCAGCAUUUGCAGCAUAGUCCCUUGAUGGGGCAAAUAACUGACAUUUUAAGUCAGAAACUCGACACAAUUCAAGAUGCCAGGGUCCUUUCUACCCUGAUGAUCAGCGUAUCCCCUCUGGUUUCCUCUCGCCUGCGGGACAUCCUCCUUGAGAAGGCGGACACCCUCCUGGACACCAUGGACCCCUCCCAUUACAACAACCCGAGGAGGGUGGUCCAGUUUCUGCGCAACAUCAGGCACACCUGUCGCCCCCUGCUGGAGAAGUGCAACCGCAUCUUCCUGCUCAACGUAGCCAGCCUGGAUGCCGAGAACAUCGGCAUGAUCCUCGGCCUCUAUCAGUCCCUGCAGUUCAACAACUGCGACUUCCGCCUGGCUGCCAAGCAGAGGCUGACCGAGCUGGUGGACUCCAGCACCGACGCGACCUCCUUCACCAAGCUCUUCGCCGCCCUCGGACCCAUGGCCAGCCAGGAGACCAGAGACGGGUUGGAAAGUGCCGCACUCCUGUUGGCUGACGAUCUGAACACCCAGCAGACACUGGCCAUGGUAGAGACCCUGGAGGAGAUUCAGAGCAGGAACCUGCAGCUGAUAAGCAAGAUCGCCUCGGUCAUCCAUAGGAACCUGGCCGUGUACAAACCUGCGGAGGUGGCCAGGGUUACGAUGGCCCUGAUCCUGCUGCACUACCAGAACCCGGAGCUGUUCGCCAAGCUGAGGAACGUCCUGGAACGUCACCUGCAGGUCAGCAUCUUCCCCUCGGAGGUGGCCUUGCUGACGCGGGUCCUGGCCAUGCUGCCGUACCCGCGGCUGGACGAGGCGGCGGCGGCGCGGGCGGCGGCCAUGCUGCCGCAGUGCAGCCUGACCGACCUGCACAGCUUCGCCGGGGCCAUCGCCCGGUGGGCGCGCAACGACCCCUCCCACCGGCACAGCACGCCCGGCCGCUACGUGCGGCUGCUGCAGACGCUGAACCGCUGCGGCCUGGAACGCCUGCGCAAGGCCGACCGGCUCGACCUCCUGCUGGAGGAGACGCGCUACGUGGCCGGGGAGUGGUUCGAGGAGGUGCUCCUGGAGGAGACCGUGGAGACCCUCCUCCGGCUGCGAGAGCAGGUGUCCUGGACCAACGUGCCUGAGAUGGCCCUCUUCCUGACCAAGACCAACCACGUCUGCACCCCGCUGCUGGACCGCGUGGCGGACGUCACCGUGGAGAACGUAGACAAGAUACACCACUCAGCAACAUACGCCAUUCUGCUACCUUUCUCUGUACUGAACUACGAUCCCCCGAGAGCAGAUGAGUUUUUCGACACCUGUAUCCAGCACUUCACUCCUCAUAUCAGUUCCUUUGACCCCCACCUGCUGGUGCUGUUGGCCUACUCCCUGGCUCUGGCUGAGUGUUUCCCUCCAGAGCUGAUCCGGGAAAUCUUCAGCGUGGAUUUCCUGGCCAAGCUGGACUGCCAGCUAGAGACCAUGCCGGAUGCCCUGAACAUGCGGGUCCGUCUGCGUCUGAUGGAGCUGAACCGGGCCGUGUGUCUGGAGUGCCCCGAGUUCCAGGUGCCCUGGUUCCACGAGCGCUACUGCCAGCAGCUGCAAAGAAGGGGCAAUGGCUCCGUCAGUCCGAUCCAGCAACAGAUUCACAAAAUGCUGGGAGACGUCCUCGGAGGGAUUAAUUAUGCCAGAGUGGCUGUGCGCACUCCUUACUUCUAUACAGUAGACUUUGAGUGUGUGCUGGACAGACAUGGGCAGCCGGUCCCUUACGUGGAGCCCAGCCACCUGCACAUCUCAGAGGAGGGGAAAGUUCAUUGGUGGCCAAGCUCUGCAGAGAAGGACAGGACUGAGCUGCCCCCAGGGGCACAGCGCAUCGCUGUGGACUUCCUAGACUCCAGAUCUUUCUGCAAGAACUCCCGACACAUGAAAGGAGAAGCCAUGAUGAGGAAGAGGCACCUGGAGAUUCUGGGGUACCACGUCACCCAGAUCCCUCACUUUGAAUGGAAUUCAAUGGAGCUCUCCACUACAGACGCCUGGAAAGAUUACCUGAGGAAAAAGAUCUUUGCAGUGCUACCCUAAUGUGCAUAUUAAAAGUCUCAAAGAAAGGGAGGUGUUUUUGUUAUUUAUCAUAGUGAAGCAAAGGCUGGUGUUCCUUGGGGAAAUGAUAUAGAAGGGACACUAUCAGUGCACUAAAAUAAGCAUAUUUAUUGGGUUCCUCUUAGCAACAGCUGUGAGAGGAUGGGUCAAGUCAAUCAAGUGCUCCUUAUAGCUUCUGCUGUGUCACUAAGUGAACCUGGAGCUACCUCACACACAGACUGCCAAUAUCAAUGCCCUAUAUUUUACAUUUGGAUGUAUAUAUAAAGUGUUACUGUUGCUUGGCAAAUAAUAAAAAGGUUUGUAAUAAAACAGCUUUAAUGUGUAUGGUUUCUGUUCUGUGGGUAUCUGCUCUGUUCUGAUCUUAUAUCUGAUAUGUUCAGUAAAUCCAGUCUUGCC